AGUGCGUGUCUACGUAUGGCUGUGUGUGUGUGUGUGUAUUUAUAUAGAUAUGUUUUUAAUGUGUUUUUUCACCUCCUUAUUCCAUUCUCCCACUCCUUCUUUCAAAUUCCUCUUCCUUGCUCUCUUUUUCUCCUUUUACACACACAAGGUACGCACUGAUGAGCGGAAAACUGCACUCACAGCUGGCAGCCAAGUCGAACAGACCUAUUUCCCGAUUGCAGAAACGAAGUAUAGAGUGUAAAUCGUUUGCUAAACUGACACAAGGAAAACCGCAAGAAGAAGGAGGAGGAGGAGAAGUCGAAGAAUAAGAAGUAGAAAGAGAAGUACAAGAAGCAAAGAGAUCGAGAACGAGAGAGAGAGAGCGAGUGAGAGGGGGAGAGUGACAGAGAGAGACAAGUAGAAAGUGAAGAAGAGGAAAAUUAAGGAUAAAAAGGAAGAGACUAGAGAGACUAAGUGUUGGUAAAGGAUCCUUUGGGACUGACUGAAAGUCUGCAUGAGAAAGGAAAUACAGAAAUUGGAGUCUUGCACCGUCAUGAUCUAUCUUUGAAAGGAUAAAUGUGUAGACUCAAAUGGUCGUUGUAGCGAGACCCGAAUCGGAAUUGCGGUUUGACAAUAGGGCAGCACAAGGAGAGCCAUCAAAUAGAAUAGCCGAAACUAUGAUUGAGAACAGUCGGAAUUUCCCCUCUUCUGGAAAUACUGCAUUUCUCGUGCCUUCCAUUUCAGCCACUCCAAUGCCACCAUCAUUGACAUCAUUUUCUCAGUCACAGUCUAUGACAGCACCCCUUCUUACAACAUCAUCUAUCGAUGGAGCCCUGUCCUAUUCAGACAACAAACACCACCCUUACCCUCCGAUACCUCUUAGACAAAGAGACUUACCAGCUUCCUUUUGGCAGGAGCCAAACUCACAAACCAGGCAACGCUGUCUUGACCACUUAGCAGCAGCUGCUGCUGGACUAUCUCAUACCUCUCUCCAAUCUCGUUCUUCCACACUUUCAGGAUCUUCUCAAUUAGCAUCAAAUUCUUUCCUGUCUUCAUCUCCAAUGUCUUCCAGUAACUCUCAUUUCCUCCCCUUCCUUGCACUCUAUCCAGAUCUUAUGUUGUCCAACACUGCUUUUAAUCGUUAUGUGCGCCGACCCUCUCAGCUGAAUCCAGCAGGAGAUCUUGCAUCAUCAACUCCCUUGAAUAGACUCAAGGGUGGAACUUUAAACAGUAGCAUUGGUGAUGCUGUCCAACAGAAUGGAAGAUUAAAUCCAUACAGUGCUCAAAGGACUCAGUCACGUUUCCCAAUUACAGAAUAUCUUUACAAUAUGUACGGUUCUAAAUAUCGCUAUGCAAACCCUGUUGUUUUACAACAAACUCCACCACUUUCUGAGAAAACCUGGGAUGAUGUACGUAUCAAAAUGAUUGAAGCUAAUAGCAGGAGUAAUACUCACCACUCCACUGAAGCCAAUGAGAAGUUAAACUCUAAUAAAAACUCUAAACAUGACGACAUAGUAAACAACCCUAUUAACAGCCAAAUAUAUUUGAAACGGAGGGCUUCUGAUAACCACAUCAAGUCAUUGGAUGACAGCGUUCUGCCAUUAUUGUCUUUGCAGUCAUUGCAAACUUCAUCCUCCUCUUCCUCUCCAACUGAUAAAAAUGCUACUAUUAAAACAGCUGGCACUGCUCUCUCUGAGAGAGCUGCUGACUUUAGUUUGCGGCUGUCAGACUGUUAUAAAUCAUCAACCAAACAUUCGCCCCAUUCUCGCCUUUCUGAUGGCAUGCUCUUUGAUAAUUCUGUAAAUGACAGUGACCAGCUGAACAAUGCUCGAUGCGUCUGCUGUGAUGUUCUGAAAGAUUCCUGUCCAAAUCAACCGAAAAGAAACAACAGUAACAGCCUUAGCCAGACCAAUAAUGGAACAUCUGUGAGCACAGCCACAAAUGACAAUGCUACUCUUGCUACCACUAAUAAUUCCUCAAAUCCUGGUGAACUUGGCUUUCUUCCAUAUUUCCAGGUUUUCCCCCACCUGUGGCCACCAUUUCCUCCCCCUCUACCUCCUUCAGCAAGUCUAUCUUUAGCAGCAACAGCUACAGCCAGGGAAAGAUAUCUUCCAGAUAAUAUAUAUGCCUACAGUAAUCAAGAACGUAGCAUCCGUUUAAUGAGGCCCAGAAGCACUCUAGGAGCUCGCUACCAUCCAUUUGGUGAUGUUCGUUAAGACAAAUUAUAUUUAUAAGAUAACAAAUCGAUAUAUGUGUGUAGGUGUGUGUUUGUGUGGUU